AAUUUAUUCGACUUGCUCAACAAUGUACUGACAUUGUGUCCGAGCAGUCGAACGAAGAGAUAAAGUAGUUUCAAACUUUGAGAUAACACGUAGAAAUUGUCGUUUUUGGAUACCAUUGAUUUGACAACGAUCUUCUACUGGUGAACUUUACCGGUUUAGUUUUAAGGCAUUCAUCAUUUAUUGACUGACGUUUUUCUGCACAAAAUGCUUUCCGUUCUCUUCGGAGGGUUCCUAAUCGCUGCAUGGGCAGUUCUGGCUCAAAUACCGGCCGAGCAUCAACUGAGAUGUCGUCUAUGUAACAAUGCUCUAGAGCUCACAGAUUGCACUACGCAGGUUGUAUGUGACAACCGUACAGAGGAUUGCUACAUGGAUAAGGUUAUCACAGAGACGUUCAAUGUUGUGUACAGAGGAGGUUGCCGCGGGAGAGAUUACUGCUCAGGUUUUGCUGCCCCUGUAGUCGGCAAACGAGAUGAAGUAAUAGCAUGCACUAGGUGUUGUUACAACGAGGACGAUUGUAAUCGCAAAUUUUGUGGAAUCAAGCUAAUUACGCCCAACAUUAGUCAGUGUUUUUCGUGUGGCAGCCAGUCUUCUGUCCAAUCAGCCGUCCGCAACCCACAUGACUGCCUAUCAUUAACAACAUGCGACACCGAUGAGGUGUGCUAUGCAAAAGAUGUAUACAAUCCCGGAUCAAGCCCAAGCUUUAUAUUUGGAUGUCAAAAUAAAUACAUGUGCCGUCUGCUCAUGAGAGAAGUGUUCAACCAUCUGGAUCAAUGUCAAGGUCACUUUGGCCACACCCCCUAUUGCCAAUCUGAAAGUGCAGUAUGUGACGUGUGCUGUAGUGAUACAGGCUGUAAUCUCGGAGACUGUCACUCCAUUCGAGAGCGACUGUACAGCCUCUACAAGAAAGGACUGUUCAAUCUCGACACCCUUCAAAUAUCAAUGGGCCCAUAAACAUGCAAUAACUUCGGUCGUGACCACAAUUAUAAAGAAACACAAACGAUGAUAUUACGUUACUCAAUUUUUAUGAAUUUAAUACCUGAGUGCUGACCGUGAAACUGUUGUUAAGAAACAAUGUUUGAAAUUAUAGACAAGAAACAAACAACGUAUACAUUCACUAAAACUG